CCCGGGUUCCGGGCGGAAGCCGGACCACCCCUCCCGGGAUGCGAAGCUCUAGGGGCGGGCUCGGCUUGGUUCGGGGCGGGCCCAGCUGCGUCUGCCCUGUGCCUCCCUGGCGGCCGGAGCUCCCCGACCCGCCUCCUCCCGCGCCGAGCAGUGGGGCCUUGGUCGCCGGGUGUCCCCGCGCAGCCUGCGUCCGGGGAGCGGGCGCUGGCGUCUGGGCCCGCGCCGGAAACUGUGUCAGCCGAGGAGUGGCCAGGAGCCGGAGUCUCGCCAUGGCGCGCCAGACUGUGCCCACAGGUGACCAUCACCUUCAAGGACCUGGCCGUGCGGUUCUCCGAGGAGGAGUGGCGGCUCCUGGAGGAGGGACAGAGAGAAUUCUACCGUGAGGUGAUGCGUGAGAACUACGAGACCCUGGUCUCUGUGGGGACAUCCGAGCUGCUUCCUCUCUCUGCUUUCCUGUCACCCAUGGAGCCUGGAAAAGCUGUGCUGGGAAGGGAACAUGCUGCUAAAGGACAAGAGCUGCCUGCUGGGGGAGCCCCCCAGGGAACACAGCCCCAGCAUAGCCUGCACCUGAGCGCCCUGGUGCAGCUCGUGAAGGAGAUCCCGGAGUUCUUAUUCAGGGAAGCCAAGGGCGGCACUGUGGAUAGCCCUGAGAGCCGAGCAGCCGGCCUUGAUGGGGACAGAGCGAGCCCUGAGGUUACAGCUGUGGCAAUAGAGAACUGUCCUCUGCAAGGCCAGCUUAGCUGCCUUCCAGACAGCCCCAGUGAUCAACACAGCCUGGCCACCACACCCACCGGCAGCUCAUCGUCCAGUGGCCUUCCUGGAGACAAGGGGCGGGAAAGUCCCCUCCCCAUUGACUUUGGACAGGGAAGAUACCUAUGUCCCUCUGGAUUGAUUGCCAGGCCUCCUCAUCAAAACAACACUAAAACUGUCAGUAAACCAUGGUCUACAGGGAAGACAAGCCCAGGCUCUCCAGGUGGGGAGCCCAGCCCUCUUGCCUAUAGCCCCAGCAGGAGGAAGAGCCACAGAGGGACCCUGGGGACAGGUGUUCCAGCUGGCCUCAGUGACCCUGACCCUGUGUAUGCUACAGGAACCUCUCCUAGGAGCAGCCCCUUACAGGGCCUCAUCGGUGGUCAGAAAGAGAUCCCUGUGCCCAGUCCCCAGCAUCCUGAGGUGACAGCCAAACCACUUCCCCCUCUGCCCGGCCUGGUGUCAUCGAAGCUGCCCAGAGUGGAGCUGGGACCCGUCAGCCUGCCCUGGCCAGUGAAGACAGAGGCAGUCUCAAGGGACUGUCCCCUCCAGGGCCUGAUGAAUUGCCUGAAGGAGAUCCCAGAGGCCCCAGGCAGGCGUCCCAGUCCUUCUGGAGCAGAGGAGCCCCUGCUGCAUGAGGAGCCAGGAGCCUGGAGAAGGAUUUGUGGAGGACCUGGACGCCAGCAGACACCACCUCUCCGCCCUGGCCCUGGCGGCGUGCUCACUAUGGUGAAGAUGGAGGACAGCUGGGCCCAGAGUCCACUAGUGCCCACCACCUGCCAACUUGGCAGGCAGACUUAUAGCCCCUCCACCUCCAGAGAUACCAAAGGGAUCCGAGGACCCAGCUGGGGCCCUGUAGCUCAAGCUGGCAGGGCCUCAAGCUCACCUCUGGAAGCCCUGGAAGCCUGUCUGAAGGGCAUCCCCCCAAGUGCAUCAUCCCUUCCCCUGCCACUGGUCGCUUCUUGGUCCCAGAGCCCCCAACCAGGAGACCCUGGGGCUCGGAGGUCCGAGCCACAUCCCCACGGAUCACAAAGUGAAGAGGUGACCAAGGAGCCUGUCCUGCCUCUGGCCCCACGGGGCUGUGUGAGAGAAGGCCCUGCCCGGCCCUCAUGCCCCCGAGGCACCCCCACCGGCUUCUCCUCCGCCAGCAGCACCGAUGGGGACCUAGAUUUCAUGAGCCCUGCCAGGAGCCAGGGGCAGUGGCCCAGAAAAGGAAGCCCGCCAGGAAGCUCCCCACUCCAGAGUCUAGAGAACUGUCUCAGAGAGAUCCCUGUGCCCAAGCCGCAGCUUGCCUGGCCCUGCUCCUCGGCAGCAGACAGGGGACCAAGGAGGAUGGACCUCAAGAAUUGGGCGACAGACAAGGAAGCACUGAGGAGCGAGUCCUGUGAGCCAGCUCAUCCUGGGCAAGGUGGGGGAGAAGUGCCUGCCAGGAGCCUCCAUCUGGCCAGCCCACAAGCCUUCUCCAGCUGCGCCCCUGCCUGCCAUCCACGAGGGAUCCGAGACCAUGGGACCACCCGGCCAGGACCAGAGCACUGGCUCCAAGAUGGGUCAGCUGCCAGACCCUCCCCGCUGCACUGCUUGGAAAGCUCCUUAAGGGACAUUUUGCCAGUGAGACCCUUGCGCUUUGCCUGCUUGGCCGGCCCCGGCCCUGGCCCCAGCCCCAGCCCCAGCUCCAGCUCAAGCCUGAGCAGCUCUGAUGGAGAAGACCUAAAGCUGGAGCCGGAGCUCUGGCAGCAAUCCCUGCAGGUGAGGAACCACCUUCCCAGCUGCAGGCAUCCUGUCCGUUUGUCCCCAAGUCCUCAAGUGGCCCCUCUUGGCAGCAGAGGCAGCAAGUCUGGUGAAGCCCCUGGGAGAGCGGAACCCCAAAGCUGCGGCGUCCUCAGCUCAGGAGAAGCAGAGAAAGUGGCAGAAGGCAGGUCCCAGUCACCAGAGAGGGAAGAAAGUGGCUGCCAACCUGGUGCCCCCCGCAGCACGGGAGAAGGAGGAGCAGUCAGGGCUCCUUGUCCUGCCCCACAGCUGGAGAAAAGACCCAGGCCUGAGGAUAGGGACGAAGCCAGGGCUCUGGAGCCUACACAUGGAAAACCCAGCACUCCAGCUGAGGCCCAAGGGAAGCUGCACCCCUGUGGCCUACCCCAGGCGGGUGAUGAGUCUUUGCAGCCACAGCCUCCAACGUCGCCCCCUCCAGCAGCUGACCCUGCCAUGUCAUCAACUGCCUGCAGUUGCGGGAAGCCCCUGCAGCAGGAGCUGCACAGCCUCGGGGCCGCCCUGGAGGAAAAGCUGGAUCGGCUGGCUUCAGUCCUGGCAGGCCUCGCUCAAGAAGUGGCCACCAUGAGGACCCAAGUGGAUCGCCUGGGGAGGCGCCCACGAGGCCCUGAGUCAAAGCCGUGGGCUCUCCCCCGGGGACCUCGCUGGGCCAAUGGCCUUGGUCGCAGACAUACGCCCUACUGGAGGCAGAAGGGUCCCUCCAGACCUAAACCAAAGAUCCUCCGGGCACAAGCUGAGGGCUGUAGGGCUGGUGAUUCCCCGGGACUGCCCAGAGGGAGGGCCCGCCCAGCACCUCAGCUACCAACUGAUGGUGCCCCCACAGAGCCUCCUGGGCCUCCUUCCUCAGCACUCAGCUGCUGUGCUGUGCUCGGACACAUGGGGAGCCACCAGGUGCCCCCUCCCCCUUUAGUGCCUGUUGCCUUACCCCCACCAACGACUUCUCCCACCCCCAGUGCAGACGCAGAAUCGGCCAGGAUCCCAGGCCGGCCUAAGGAGCCCAGUGACUUGCUAGGGGGCAUGCAGCGGGCCCUACAGGAGGAGCUGUGGGGUUCUGAGCACAGGGACCCACGGUGGGGGGCCCACUGACCGCACUCUCCACAGGUGGCCUUGUGCCCAGGGACAUGAUUCCCUCCCCGCCUGUUCCUGUGGCCCUUCCCGUCAGUGGAGUCUUCACCUGGUGCCCGGACUCUGCUAGGCCCUCGGGGUGUCUGCUCCAGAGGCCCAGAAAGGCGGUACAUUGCUCAGCCACUGGGUGGCUACCUUUCUCAGGUUCAACCAGACAUUGCUUCCUGCAGCUGGCCAGCUCCUGGGUGGAUUGUGUGGACAUGUGCACAGCGUGUCCCCUGCAGCUGUGGGGCAGUCAGGAGGGCCUCUCUGCUGUCGUGAUCCUAGAAGCAAAUGUUGGCACAGAGCUUAUCUGGGAAGCACUCUGUCCUUUGUUCCCAGCUGGAUUUAUCCCCUGUGAAUUCUAAAAUUAAAGAGUGAGUUGCUUUGGCUCCUAGUAAAAGAUGUUCCAUGUCCCCACAGUGUGGGGUCUGGCUGCUGGGGUUUCUCCAGCAGCACAGCAGAGGAGAGCUGGCAGUUUGUCCCCUGUAGUACCUCUGAGGGAAGUCAGCAGUGUGCUCAGGAAGGCUCAGGGCCAGCAGGCUGGGACUGAAGUCCCAAACAACUAGGAAA